CUCAGACCCAGCCAAUAGAGAUUGCUGAUUUGCUCUUUAAGCAAGAAAUUCACUGCUGCUCAACAUGGCUCAGACCAGCUCAUGCUUGAUCCUCCUCUCCUGCCUGACGUUCCUGUCUCUGAGCCAAGGCCAGGAGACCCAGCCCGACCUGCCCAAUGCCCGGAUCAGCUGCCCAGAAGGCACCAAUGCCUAUCGCUCCUACUGCUACUACUUUAACGAAGACCGUGAGACCUGGGUUGAUGCAGAUCUCUUCUGCCAGAACAUGCAUUCGGGCAACCUGGUGUCUGUGCUCACCCAGGCUGAGGGUGCUUUUGUGGCCUCCCUGAUUAAGGAAAGUGGCACUAAUGACUACAAUGUCUGGACUGGCCUCUAUGACCCCAAAAAGAACCGCCGUUGGCACUGGAGCAGUGGGUCUCUCGUCUCCUACAAAUCCUGGGACAUUGGAGCCCCGAGCACUGUCAGUCCUGGCUACUGUGCCAGCCUUUCUUCAAGCUCAGGAUACAGGAAAUGGCGGGAUCAGAAUUGUGACGCAAAGUUCUCCUUUGUCUGCAAGUUCAAAAACUAAAGGCAACUGGAAAAUAAAUGUCUACAACUCGUCCUCCAAUUAUUACAAUUUAAAAAUUAACCUGGAUCAUCUCUCCAACUCAAUCCAGACUCUCUCUUUCCUGCUGAGUUGCAUUGCUGACCUUCAGUAUCUUACUCACCCCAGUCUUUGGAUCCCUUAAACAAAGCAAAUAAAAAUGUUU